AUGUCUUUCAUAUUUAGAAGGUCUACAUCUUCCAAUAAUGAUCUUGACAAGGACAGAAAGGAUGGCGAACUAACUGCGAAUGACUCAAACAAUGAAAAUGCUCCACAGAAUGCUAAUCUGGAGGCCGAAUUAAGCAACGAAAAGCUAUCGGACUCCGAGAAGAAACCAAAAAAAUCACGAACCACGUUUCUCAGAAACUUGGUGGGAAACUCAAGUAGAAACAAUUCCACGUCUUCCUUGACUUCGGCAACAUCAAGCAGCUCCAGUUUAAAUAGUGCAUUACCCCCGCUACCUCCAAUCGAACUUAUUGGAUAUGGCCCGACAGUAAGGCACAAAUUGAUGGAUCCAGAUUUAGCAAGUGAUAUACGGAACCUAAUUCCCGCGAGGCUCCAGCUUUUUGAUAAUUGGUACUUGGUCUACUCCCUGGAACAGCACGGCAUAUCCUUAAAUUCAUUAUACAGAAAUUCAAAGCCGGAGAAUCAAUUGAUAGAGUACAAUAAACGAAAAAAAGCAGAAAAAGGUUUUGCCGAGUCUGUAGUAAACAGGAUGAUGGUGAAUGACGCUUCCAAUAGUUUGUACAGUACCCCACAAAGGCGUCCACAAGGUUAUGUGCUAGUCAUUAAGGAUAAUCAUCUGUCAAGAUUUGGGGCAUUUUUGAAUGAAAACUUGAAACCCGUGGAACAUAAGAGGUACUAUGGUAAUGGUGAGUGUUUUUUAUGGAAAUGCGAAAGAUACGAUCCAACAAAAUUGAAUCAUAGCAAGAGCUCAUCUUCCCUGAAAUCAAAGUCGGCUUUCAGGUUCAAGGCUUUUAUGUAUACUGGGAUUAAUGACAAUAUUAUUUAUUCAAAUCACGAUUUUAUCGCAAUUGGGUCGUCACAGGGCCAAAAUGGUCUCUAUAUUGAUAAAUCUUUAUGCAAAGGAGUCAGCUAUCCCUGUGAGACGUUUGGUAACGAAAUAUUGUGUCAACAUGGCUCCUCCACAUCAAAAUAUGGACUGUUUGAUAUACGAGGGUUGGAAAUUUGGAGAAUAGGAGAUCUUGAAUAG